AUGGCCCCGCAGCAAACAGGUAGCAGGAAGCGGAAAGCGCCCGCGGCCGAGGCGGGCGCCGGGAGCUCCGCGUCUCGGGGCCCGGGGGGGACGGCGACCCCCGAGAAUGGCGAAGGGCUGCUGCUGUCCAAGAAGCAGAAACGGCCGGCGGCGCAGCGCUCGCUGCUGCGCUACCUGAAGGGUCGCGAGGUGGGCGCGCGCGACUGCGCCGGGGCCCGGGGCUUCGAGGGCGAGCUACGCGCCUACGCGGUGCACAAGCUGCCUGCAAUACUGACGGAGCGCGAGCUGGCGCUGGGCACCCUCAACAAGGUCUUCGCGUCGCAGUGGCUGAACGCCAGGCAGGUGGUGUGCGGCACCAAGUGCAACACGCUCUUUGUGGUGGACGUGCACUCAAACCACAUCACGCACAUCCCUCUCCUGGGGGACGGGGCGCCGGUGCUGGCCCGGGACCAGCCGAGCUGCGGCAUCCACGCCAUCGAGCUGAACCCCUCCAAGACGCUGCUGGCCACUGGGGGCGAGAACCCCAACAGCCUGGCCAUCUACCAGCUGCCCACACUCGACCCCAUGUGCCUGGGCGACCGCCAUGGCCACAAGGAUUGGAUCUUCGGCAUCGCCUGGAUGAGCGACACCGUGGUCGUGAGCGGCUCCCGCGACGGCACCGUGGCGCUGUGGCGGGUGGACCCCGACAUGUGCCACCGCAGCAUCGGUUGGCAUAACGACGUGGGGCUCCCCAUGUACGCCCACAUCAGCCCGAGGGACAUGGAGAUCAUCCCCAGGGCCAGCACCAGCCCCACCAACCGUAAGGUGCGGGCCCUGGCUUUCAGCGGCAAGAACCAGGAGCUGGGAGCCGUGUCCCUAGACGGCUACUUCCACCUGUGGAAGGCCCGGAGCACCCUGUGCAGGCUGCUGUCCGUCAGGCUGCCCUACUGCCGAGAGAACGUGUGCCUGAUCUACUGCGACGAGUUGUCCCUGUAUGCAGUGGGUUCCCAGUCUCAUGUCUCCUUCCUGGAUCCGCGCCAGCGCCAGCAGAACAUGCGGCCUCUGUGCUCCAGGGAGGGCGGCACGGGUGUGCGCUCGCUGAGCUUCUACCAGCAUAUCAUCACCAUAGGUACUGGCCAUGGGUCCCUGCUCUUCUAUGACGUCCGCGCCCAGAAGUUCCUGGAGGAGAGGGCCUCGGCCAGUCCGGAAUCCUCUCCAGGGCCCAGAGGGAGGAAGCUCAAGCUCACCUGUGGGAGAGGCUGGCUCAACCAGGACGACCUCUGGGUGAACCACUUGGAAGGCACGGAGGAGUUCCCCAAUGCGCUCUACACCCACUGCUACAACUGGCCUGAGAUGAAGCUUUUCGUGGCUGGGGGGCCUCUCCCUUCAGGCCUCCACGGGAACUACGCGGGCCUCUGGAGCUAA